AUGGCGGAGUACGAAGAAGGUUACGAAUACGAUGACUAUGCGGAUGAGGACGCGGGCAUCACGGCCGAGGACUGCUGGACGGUGAUCUCUUCGUUCUUCGAGUCCAAAGGUCUAGUAUCGCAACAGCUGGAUUCCUUCGAUGAAUUUGUCUCCACGACUAUGCAGGAGCUCGUUGAGGAGAACUCACAGCUUACUCUGGACCAAAAUAACCCGCCCGAUGAGGGCAUCGCCCUUCGACGGUACGAGAUCAAAUUUGGACAGGUUUUGCUUUCACGACCUGCGAUGACCGAAGGCGAUGGAAGCACACAAGUUAUGCUGCCGCAAGAGGCGCGACUGCGGAAUCUUACAUAUUCGAGCCCUCUGUAUGUCCAGAUGACGAAGAACGUAUCGGUGGCUGUGGAGCGCCCGGUCCCACUCAACGAGCUUGAUGAAGAGCAAGAGGCAGAGAUGCAGAGGACUGGCGAACAUCCGACGAGGCUAGUCUGGGAAAACGAGGAUGGCGAAUACGAAGAUCCAGAAACAGGUAAAGAGGGGAAGAAGCCUGACCGGGUAUAUAUUGGAAAGCUUCCGAUUAUGCUGAAGUCGCAAUACUGUAUUUUGAAGGACCUCGAUGAAGAUGAUCUCUACGCUUGGAACGAGUGUCCUUACGACCAAGGUGGAUAUUUCAUCAUCAACGGCAGUGAGAAGGUCUUGAUCGCACAGGAGCGUAGCGCUGCAAACAUUGUGCAGGUCUUCAAAAAGGCACCACCAAGUCCGACCCCAUUCAUCGCUGAGAUUCGGAGUGCCCUUGAAAAGGGUUCGAGAUUGAUCUCUUCGAUGACUAUCAAGCUCUUCGUCAAAGGCGAUGGCCAGAGAGGAGGUUUUGGCCAAACCAUUAAAUCAACUCUGCCAUAUAUCAAGCAAGAUAUUCCGAUUGCCAUCGUCUUUCGAGCCCUUGGCGUUGUAUCCGACGAGGAUAUUUUAAACCACAUCUGCUAUGACCGUAACGACACGCAAAUGUUGGAGAUGUUGAAACCGUGUAUCGAGGAAGCCUUUGUCAUCCAAGACCGAGAAGUUGCCUUGGAUUUCAUUGGCAAGCGUGGUAGUAGUACAAGUUUGACUCGAGACAAGCGUAUCAAGUACGCUCGCGACAUUAUGCAGAAGGAGCUUCUUCCCCACAUUUCACAGAAGGAAGGAAGUGAGACACGAAAGGCAUUCUUCUUAGGUUAUAUGGUUCACAAGCUGCUCCAGUGCGCUCUUGGACGUCGGGAGACUGAUGACCGAGAUCAUUUUGGAAAGAAGCGUUUGGAUUUGGCUGGUCCUCUUCUCGCAAAGCUCUUCCGAGGGCUGUUCCGCAGAUUGACCCAGGAUGUUUACAAGUACCUCCAACGUUGCGUCGAGAACAAUCGGGAGUUCAACCUUACGCUCGGAGUCAAGUCCACUACCCUUACGAAUGGUCUCAAGUACUCUCUUGCUACUGGCAACUGGGGUGACCAGAAGAAGGCAGCAAGCUCGACUGCUGGUGUCUCUCAAGUGCUGAACAGAUAUACCUUCUCUUCUACCCUCUCGCAUUUGCGUCGCACAAACACUCCUAUUGGUCGUGACGGAAAGAUUGCCAAACCUCGCCAAUUGCACAAUACUCACUGGGGAUUGGUUUGCCCAGCAGAGACUCCUGAAGGUCAAGCAUGCGGCCUGGUCAAGAACUUGGCUCUAAUGUGCUAUGUCACGGUCGGCACACCCAGCGAUCCAAUCAUCGAAUUCAUGAUUCAGCGGAAUAUGGAAGUUCUCGAAGAAUAUGAGCCUCUGCGAUCACCAAAUGCAACCAAGGUCUUCGUCAAUGGUGUAUGGGUCGGUGUACACAGGGAUCCUGCCCAUCUCGUGAAGACUGUGCAGAAUCUUCGUCGCUCUCACUUGAUCUCUCACGAGGUCUCCCUGAUUCGAGAUAUUCGUGACAGAGAAUUUAAAAUAUUCACAGAUGCCGGCAGAGUGUGUAGGCCUCUGUUUGUCGUCGAUAACGAUGUUGAUAGUCCGAACAAAGGCAACUUGGUCUUGAACAAGGAUCACAUUCGUCGGUUGGAAGAUGACCUGGUAAUGCCUGCUAAUAUGGAUGCGGAGCAGAAGGCGGAAGCUGGUUACUUUGGCUUCCAAGGUUUGAUCGACUCAGGUGUAGUUGAGUAUGUUGAUGCCGAAGAAGAGGAGACGGUGAUGAUCGUCAUGACCCCCGAAGAUUUGGAUAUAUCUAGACAGCUACAGGCUGGCUACCAGGUUCGGCCCGACGAAAGUGGUGAUCUAAAUAAGCGUGUGAAGGCGCCUAUGAAUCCAACUGCACAUAUAUGGACUCAUUGUGAGAUUCAUCCCAGUAUGAUUUUGGGUAUUUGCGCAAGCAUUAUCCCAUUCCCAGAUCACAAUCAGUCUCCACGUAACACUUACCAAUCUGCUAUGGGCAAGCAAGCCAUGGGAGUAUUCCUUACAAACUUCGACCAGCGUAUGGACACGAUGGCGAAUAUUCUCUACUACCCACAAAAGCCUCUUGCUACCACUCGCUCCAUGGAGUUCCUCAAAUUCAGAGAACUGCCUGCCGGCCAGAAUGCUAUUGUCGCCAUCGCUUGCUACUCUGGCUACAACCAGGAAGAUUCGGUUAUUAUGAAUCAGAGCAGCAUCGACCGUGGUCUGUUCCGAAGUUUGUUCUAUCGUGCAUAUACCGAUCAGGAAAAGCGUAUCGGUAUGAAUACUGUGGAAACGUUCGAGAAGCCUUUCAGACAAGACACCCUGAGGCUCAAGCAUGGCACUUAUGAUAAGCUUGAUGAUGAUGGACUCGUCGCUCCCGGUGUUCGUGUCUCGGGUGAAGACAUCAUCAUUGGGAAGACAGCUCCUAUGGCAGCUGAUGCAGAAGAGCUUGGCCAACGUACCAAGGCGCACACCAAGCGUGAUGCUUCUACACCCCUACGUAGUACUGAGAAUGGCAUCGUUGACCAGGUGCUCCUUACAACCAAUGCCGAAGGUCUUCGAUUCGUCAAGGUUCGUAUGCGGACCACCAAAAUCCCCCAAAUCGGCGACAAGUUUGCCUCUCGACACGGACAGAAGGGAACGAUCGGUAUCACGUAUAGACAGGAGGAUAUGCCAUUCACGAGACAGGGUAUUGUCCCGGACUUGAUCAUCAAUCCCCACGCUAUUCCAUCUCGUAUGACAAUUGCUCAUUUGAUUGAGUGUCAAUUGAGUAAAGUCUCCACACUUCGAGGCCUCGAAGGAGAUGCAACUCCUUUUACCGACGUUACUGUCGAUUCCGUCUCCAAGCUGCUCCGUGACCAUGGCUACCAGUCUCGAGGUUUUGAAAUCAUGUACCACGGACACACUGGUCGCAAGCUGGUGGCGCAAGUAUUCCUGGGUCCAACGUACUACCAACGUCUACGCCAUAUGGUCGACGACAAGAUCCAUGCUCGUGCCAGAGGUCCAGUGCAAAUUCUGACAAGACAACCAGUUGAAGGUCGUGCAAGAGACGGAGGUCUACGUUUCGGAGAAAUGGAGCGUGAUUGCAUGAUCUCACAUGGUGCCGCUGCUUUCUUGAAGGAGAGAUUGUUUGAGGUUUCGGAUGCCUUCAGAGUUCACGUAUGUGAUAUCUGUGGGCUGAUGACUCCAAUUGCCAAAAUCUCGACCCAAUCCUUCGAGUGUCGUCCUUGCAAGAAUAAGACCAAGAUCUCGCAGAUUCAUAUUCCGUAUGCGGCCAAGUUGCUCUUCCAAGAGCUAGCAUCUAUGAACAUCGCAUCAAGAAUGUUCACCAAGCGAUCAGGUAUCUCAGUACGCUGA